CGUGUAAAUUUUUGACGUUCUGAUUUCAGGUGUCAGCUGAUAGAUGUUGAUUCUCAAUAUUUUUUCUAACUACUUUAUUAUGAAAGAUGAAUAAAUGAAGGAAACAUCUGCUCUACCCAGCAAAAAUAAUGAAAUUAAAUCAAGGCAUAUUAAUAUUGAAAAUUUUUAUACUUUCUAUUUUGACUAUCCCAGAAUGUUAUGGAUAUCUUAAAGUCAAUUUCAACAAAGAGCGGGACACCAUUUGUUCUAAAAUCAGAUUGUUGGGAAUUGGGGUUUCAGCAUAUCUUUUGAGGCAGCAUGAUAACUCUGGGCUUCUUGUAGAGGGUGAUUUCCAUAUUCACUCAAAUACAUGGAAAGACGAUUUGGUUUGUACUUUCAAAGUGGGUUAUCCUAGUGGUACUGAUGGAGUUAUUGCUGUUAUUCAGUCACUUACCAUGAGACGAAAUAAUACUUCAGGCAAAUGCAUUGAUUUUAUUCAGUUUGAAGCUAAAGAUUCAUCUAAGAGUAACCCUUUUUGUGGACAUUUCAAUGUAGUUUCAAAAAUGAGUGGUGAAGCAAAUCUGGUGGAUGAUUUCAAUUUUGGUAAUUCCUUCAGAACGAAAAGGCAUAAGAUGCAUGUUCAUAUUAUAUUUGGAAGAGAGCCAAGUAAGGAACAGUUCGAAAAACUAGAUUUUAAGAUGGUUUUCAGUGCUUAUCGAAAUUGUUCCCCAGAAACAUUGAAUGACUUAACAUAUAGACCUUGUAGUGAUAAAUCGUCUUUUUGUAUUUAUGACGGUUUCUUCAAUGAUGGUUAUGUAAAUUGUCCCUUACCAGGAUGUGUCGAUGAGGGAUCAUGUUUGAAAUUUGUGACCCUUGAAAAAGUACCAACAAUUGGAACUAAGUUACUUGUUAGUUCCCUCUCCUUCCUAUCUGUGUUAUUUAUAACAUUCUUAAUCAGUAUUUGGGCUUGUAAAAAACACAAAGUGGCCUGUUUUUCUGAUCAUUUCUCUCACCCCAGCAGAAUGAGACAGAACAGGGAUACAGAGAUGUAUGAACAAGGAACCACAAGGUCAACACAAAGAGAUAUCACACCAAAUGCACCUCCCAUUGAAAUUGACAAAGACUUGCCGCCUAAGUACGAAGACUUGUUUCCUGACAGAUGACUUUGCUUCUAUACCUUUCACAUCUUUUUUGAAUUUGAUGUCUCAUAGUAUUCAUAUUAUUAAAAAAAUCAAGGUGUUUCAGAGUCAAGUGAGCAUUUUAUGUUGAAACUUGUAUAAUGGCAAUAAUAAUCAAUAUUUAACAAUUUUGAAUAUAAUGAUAUUGUUUAAAAAAGUUCAACAAUUCAAUCUCCAAUUCUGAAACAUAUUGGGAUGUUAUUGUGCACAUAUUUUGUGAACCAAUGCAAUUUGAGAGUGACCAACUAUAACAUUAGUUCUUACCAGAGUGAUAUUUGAUAGUGCAUUUUUCAUUGCUGUUUAUUCCACAGAUUGAGUGAUAGUUGAAUCACUUUUUCAAGUUGACUAUUUACUUAGACAAAGAAAAUUUAUUUCUUGAAUUACUUGUAUUUCACGAAGGCUACUAUCAUACAUGUCAUAUUGGAUGGACAUGUUAUUUAUAUUCGCCAAAUGAUUUGACUCUAAUAAUGGAAGUUUUUCCAUUGACUACUGAUAUUUUUGUACCUAUAUCUAUUUUUGUAUGAAUUUUGUGAAUAUAUUUCGUUGACUAUUGAAA